AUGGAACGUUUGGCGAGAAUCGUCGUCGUCGGUUACGUUGUCAUAACUUUCAUAUCAGUAAUCAUAACAUAUUGUUUUUCGAUUUUAUUAGAUCAUAACAAUCCGUUCCUUCCGACGUUGAGCCUUUUAGGAAACGAACCUUUGGAAAGCACAAUAUUUACUCAAUGUUUCGUUGUUGAUGCCACGAUAUUAAUGGUCGUCGUGCAAUUGAAAUUCGUACACGUUUAUCAUAAUCUAAUAAAAUUAAAAGCAUCGAAAAAUGAAUUCAAAACGAAUCUUUUUGGGGUUUACGCAGGAUACCUGUCCGGUACAGCACGAUUUAUUUUAUUUUACAAACUAUAG